AUGGAAGGAUUUGGAUCUAUCUGGAAUAAGAACUCCUGGCACUGGGAGGAAAAGAACUACACCAAAAAGGCUACUGACUACUUGACAGAGAAGCUAGAGUCAGUCAAAGUGACUGCAUUCACACCCAAAGCAUCUGAAAUCAAGGUCACAUCCGUAAAGGAGUGUAAAGGAAGCGCAGUCAUCUCAAUCAGGAAGAAGAAGCAAGUCUACAUUUACGAGUUCGAAAUCGAAUGCGAGUGGGAAGCUGAAGAGAAAGAAGGUGACCAUGAAGCCAAAGGCAAGUUCAGGAUUCAAGAAUUCUACCAAGACGAUGACCCUGAAGACAUUGAAGUCAAUAUCACAGCUGAAAAAUCAGAUGAAUACCAUGAGGAAUGCCGCAAUGCAAUCAGACAAAAGGUCAAACCUGAACUAGUCAAGAUAGUCCAGAGCUUCCACGACCUCAUGCAGAAGAUCGAUUCGGAUGAAGCCAAGCUCAGAGCUGACGCAGAGAAGCGGAUGAAGGAAGAAGAAGAAAUGAAGAAAGCCCAAGAGGAAAAAGGACACGAAAAAGAUAAAAUCUUUAAAGAGCAAAAAGCCAAGGAAGAACAAAGAAAACUGGAAGAAGCUAAAAAUCUAGCGGCUGCAUCUGUAGAUGAGACUAACAAAGGCACUGGAUCAGUAUGGAACGCAGGCAGCUAUUUCUGGGAAGAAAAGAAUUACAAUAAGUGGUCACAAGACAAAAUUAAAGAACUUCUGUGAAAUUUCAAACAUACUGUUCCAGGAGGUAAACUUGAGGUAACUGACACCGAGAUUGAAGGAGAGGCUGGCAUCAGUAUCAGGAAAGGCAAGAAGAUAUACUCAUACGAUUUCGUAGUGACCCUCAAGUGGACUGUAACCCUGGGCGAAGGAGAUGAAGAAUCCAAAGUAACUGGUUCCUUCAAACUGCCAGAUGUCUCAAACGCAGUCUAUGAUGAUGACGAACCCUUCCACUUAGACAUAGAGUACAAGACAGGUAUUGAGAAGAGAGACGAGAUCAAUGACCAUCUUAGGAAGGAUGUGGCCAAUGCUAUUAGGAAAAACCUUGACAAGUAUGUGACAGAGUUUAAAAAUAUUGAUUUGAGUAAAUAA